CACCUUAAUGCCAGGGGGUGAUAAAAGCACAUCUGAUCUUGAUGCCUACAUCAUAAUUUAAUAAGAGAACAUCGGUCGUCGUUUAAUGCACGCUGUGUUCUGAGUCCUCUUUAUUGGAACGGUUGUUUCACGCUAUUCAUGCAGAAAUGAGCCAGUUAGCCUGUGUGUUUGAAUGGAGAUCAUGUGGCCCUGUUUAGUUACAUGGUUAUCCAGGGACCGGUCGUUUUUUUCGCGUUUUGUUGUAUUUUCAACGACUUAAACAAACGCAUGGAGAUAAAGCCUAAUGUUGUAUUAAAGGGUAACUUAGUUCACCCAAAAAUAAAAAUUCUGUCCUCAUUUAUUCACCCUCAUGCCGCUCAAAUACUGCAUAUUGAGGAAUGUCUUGUGUUGGGAAUGCCACGAGGAAGAGUAAAUGCUUUAUUUUUGGGUGACUAUCCCUUUAAAGGCACAGUUCACCCCAAAAUAAAAAUUCUGUCAUCAUUUACUUACCCUCGAGUUGUUCCGAAUCUGUAUCAUUUUUUUCUGAUAAACACAGAGAAAAAUAUUUGGAAGAAUGCUUGUAACCAAACAGUUCUUGGCCACCAUUGACUAGUAGGAAAAAUGACAAUGAUAGUCAAAAAGUGCCCCAGAACUGUUUGCUUUCCUACAUUCUUUAAAAUAUCUUCUUUUAAGAAAUUUAUAAAGCAAUUUGUCCUACUAUGAUAGUCAACAGUGGCCAAGAACUGUUUGGUGACAAGCAUUUUUCCAAAUUUCUUUCUCUGUGUUCAUCAGAACAAAGAAAUGACUGUAUACAGAUUUGGGACAACUUGAGGAUGAGUAAAUGAAGACAGAAUUUUCUUUUUGGGGGAACUGUUCCUUUAAGCUGUCACAAUUUAAUUACUCAUCUGUAAAGAAAAUGAAUUAAACGAAUAUAUGAUUAUACGGCAGAAGAUUGUCAGUAGUGUAUUUAUUUCUAAUAAGGUCACACCUUCUGCCGCACAAUGGCAUGUCAUGGUAUUGAGCAUUUCCUUAGCCUUAUUUCUGUCACGAGCAGCCCACUAUCAUGGUUUCCUGUCUUUAUAUGUUUUCCUGUAUCAUGUUUUGGUCUCUUUAGAUUUGCAUUCCAAAUAUUUUGUUAAUUCAUAAUAAACUUGACUGCAUCGCACUUUGGCGUCAGAUGCUGUCACAAAACAUGUCAAACAAGUGUCUAUUGCUCCCUUGCAAACAACAACUGUAAUGAAUAUAGUUUCUUCCUAUAGAGAACAUUUUCAGUGUGUUCUUGUGAUUUGCAAUCUUUGUAGCCACUGUAGCAGAUUGGCUAGAGGAGGACAGAAGAAGAGUUAUGAAUGAUAUCAUCACCACCAUGUUCAACAAGAAGUUCCUGGAAGAGCUGUUCAAGCCACAAGAGCUGUACUCCAAGAAGGCCCUAAGAACCGUGUUUGAUCGACUGGCUCACGCCUCAAUCAUGAGACUCAACCAGGCCAGUAUGGACAAACUUUAUGACCUGAUGACCAUGGCCUUCAAGUAUCAGGUUUUGUUGUGUCCUCGCCCCAAAGACAUCCUCCUCGUGUCCUUCAACCACAUGGAUGCCAUCAGGGACUUUGUGAAGGACACUCCCAGCAUCCUCAGCCAAGUGGAUGAGACUAAUAAACAGCUUAUAGAGAUAUAUACCGCUUUAUCUGGUGGAGAGUUUCAGCUAAUUAGACAAACCCUCCUCAUCUUCUUUCAAGAUAUGCACAUAAGAGUAUCAAUUUUCCUGAAAGACAAGGUACAGAACUCCAAUGGUCGAUUUGUUCUGCCCACAUCAGGACCCGUUCCAUAUGGGACACAGACCCCAGGACUCAUCAGGAUGUUUAGUUGUGUUGGUGAGGAGGUAAAAAGGUUGCAGUUCCAGGGCGGUGGCAAUUACAACGCUUCUCUUCGUGAAGGUUCUUUUGAAAUGUAUGGUGAUCGGGUCAUCAAACUGGGCACGAACAUGUACAGCGUGAGUCGUCCUGUUGAAACACAUAUGUCUGGAACCUCCAAAAACUCCUCACAGCACACCAAGGUCAACACGACUCCGAAUCCCCUGGCUAAAGAAGAACUAAACCUGCUUGCUAGACUCAUGGGAGGUCUGGAGGUGCAAAAACCAACAAAUAUCGACUCUGGUUUCAGGGUGAAUCUUUUCGCCACUGAUGAGGAGGAAGAGGAAGCUUUGAUAUCAAGACCAGAUGAUCUGUCCUAUGAGGUUCUUAAUAUCCAAGCAACGAAGGACAAACAGACCAAUGCUGAGCUGGCUAAAAUCAUGGGGGAGUUUGGGGAGGCAGGGGAGGCCACCCCUAGUUCCAGCAGCAAAGGUGACGACCUUCUGGCCAUGAUGGACGGUCUGUGACUUAUGGUUCUGUUGGCUGAAGAAAGUGAUUGAGUGGUUAAGAAGGAUCAGGUCCUGCUGUGUGCGCGGUCUCGCUCUGCGAAGAGCUCUUUUGCCUGGAGCUGCGGUGACAACCUUGUUUAAUUUAGAAUGACAGCUCAAGGAGAUUCUCUUUGAGAAUUUCAUGCAAAUCUUCUUCACCUGCUACAAUGAAAUAAAUGCAAAUAACAGCUGUUGAGAUUUAAUAUGCAUCUUGCCGUGGGACCGUAGUCACUUUUCCAUAGUCAGUUUGUGGAGUUAGUCUGUACCUACUGAGGCAGCACGUCAUUCCGUAAUUCACAUCACCGAGGUCUGCCGGCAAAGUGAGGACCCCUGCGAAGCUUUGAUGCCACAGACACUCCUGUGACAUUUAUAGCAAUAGACAGAAUGAUACGCCUUUUGCUGGAUUGUCUCAAUCCGCUCAAAUGGAAUUCAUUUAAAGCUGUAGUUGAAUGUGCAUGGAUGCGAUUACAUAUUGGUCUAUCCAUACAACAAGCACUGCUUAAGACAGGGUAACAGAGGAAACCGAAGUGCACUUGCAGUCAAAUUUUAGCACAGAUCCCAAAACUGGUUUACAGGAAUCCCCAGGACAACUGAUCUGUGUUUGUUUUGUCAUUAUUAUAUGGAGGCAAAUAAAAUGCAACCAAGUCAGGAAUUUCAAUGUCACAAUUGAGAACAAACAUCGUUGUCUUAGAAUGUGCAGUUUUUGCAUUAUAUAAAGCGAAAAUAUAUGUGAAAUGUACUUAAAGGUAACCUUCCAUGAAAUGAAAAUAAGCAAUGCAGUAUGCGUGGGGAAUGAAAUGUUUAUAUUUUUCACAAGCGUAUUAGAGCUCAUUGAAGUUAAAGGGUUAGUCCACCCAAAAAUGAAAAUUCUGUCAUGAAUUACUCGCCCUCAAACCUGUAUACAUUUCUUUGUUCUGUUGAACACAAAGGAAGAUAUUUGGAAGAAUGUUAGCAGCUGAGAUUUCUGGGGCAACAUUGACUACCAUAGUAGAAUUUUUUUUAUUGUAUAUUGUUUUGUUCUGUUAAACACAAAAGAAGAUAUUUUGAAGAAUUUAGGAAAACAAACAGUUCUGGGGUACCUGUGACUAACAUUUUGUGACUACCCCAGAAAUCUCAGUUGCUAUCAUUCUUCUAAAUAUCUUUCUUUGUGUUCAACAGAACAAAGAAAUGUACACAGAUUUGGAACAACUUAAGGGUGAGUAAAUUAUGACAGAAUUUUCAUUUUUGGGUGCAGUAUCACUUUAACGCACUGUAUAUGAAAGUUCAUUUGUGUCUGUUUACUGUUUCAUUGUUUUGAAAUGCUAGGUUUAAAAAAUAAAGUAUGUCCUUUUGC